GACCGCUCCGGAAUGGAAGCUCCCUGAUGGUCCUCAUCCUCUGCCGGUUCCGACCGCCGGGCACGUGCGGGUACAACGUAUCCUGGAGACUUCUUUGCCUCACCCCCUCCAAUAAAGAGACUCUGAGACGUGUGGGUUGUGAAUUUGUCUCAAGCAAACUGGACCCUUUCCAAGAUGGAGAUUGCUGUGGGGAUGGGGAUGGAAGAGCCAGCAAUUGUGGGAGGGGAGAGCCAGCUCCCAAGCUCCCAGCAGGGCACCUUGAGGAAGGCUAUGGCUGCUGCCUUGGCCCUGGAUGGGGACUCUACCAUUAGUCACAGGAAAAGGAAGAAGAAAGAGUCCCGCCCAGAAUCUAUCAUAAUUUACCGGUCGGAUAACGAGAAGACGGAAGAGGAUCCAGAGGAAUUGGAAGGUGGAGAGCGGCCUAAAGAAGAGGAGGGAGAUGACUUUCUAGACGAUCCCGCAGAUGAUGGUAUGUGGAACAUGCCCUUGGACAGCCGCUACGUCACCUUAACUGGGACCAUCACACGAGGGAAGAAAAAGGGUCAGAUGGUGGAUAUCCACGUCACACUGACAGAGAAGGAGCUACAGGAAUUGACCAAGCCAAAAGAAUCAUCGAGGGAAACCACCCCUGAAGGAAGGAAGGUCUGUGCCCUGGGAGCCGACCGUGGGCCUCAUGUGGUCCUCUGGACACUGGUCUGCCUGCCAGUGGUCUUCGUCCUCUCUUUCAUUGUCUCGUUCUAUUACGGCACCAUCACCUGGUAUAACAUCUUCCUUGUGUACAACGAGGAGAGGACCUUCUGGCACAAGAUUUCCUAUUGCCCCUGCCUCGUUCUCUUCUACCCAGUACUCAUCAUGGCCAUGGCCUCUUCCCUGGGCCUCUAUGCUGCUGUGGUGCAGCUCUCCUGGUCCUGGGGAGCCUGGUGGCACGCGGCUCGGGACAUGGAGAAAGGAUUUUGUGGUUGGCUCUGCAGCAAGCUGGAUCUGGAGGACUGCUCUCCCUACAGCAUUGUGGAGCUGCUAGAAUCUGACAACAUCUCAGGCAACCUUUCCAACAAGGAUGCAACCCAGGAGGUAGAAACCUCCACUGUUUAAACUCUAGACAGUGUCCGCUCUUCUCUGGCUCCCGUUGUCUAGAUAGAAUCUUCUAAUUCCAGACGAUUCUUCUUAAACCUUCUACCCCUCCCCACCCCACCUCACUGUUCUUCUGGAAAAGCCUAGACAACAUGGAUCUAUUCAAACAUCUCAAGAUGAUUCCAGGAGGGCAGGGGACAGAUAAGGAACUUGUGCGAAAGCAUUGCACCUAGUGAACACUUAUUUCCUGCUUGAAGUGACCCUUGAAUCCAAACAGGAGCCCAGUAGUAGCAGUUCAGGAGCCUGGAAGAAUUCUUGUUUCCUGGAACCCAAGAAAGUAUGUAACCAAUGUGACAGGGGGAAUCAGGAGGCUCAGGGAGAUCAAGGCCACCAAUGAGAUCAUCGAGAAGGAAUGAAAGGUUUAAGCAGCAAAAUGUAGACUGUAGCACUGAGAUUUAGAUAGAACUCUAUAUUGUGAAGAACCUAAAAUACCAGUGGUUUAGGUAAGAUAGAACUGUAUUUUUUUUCUCAUAGAGAAGACUGGCACCUACGGAGUUAUCAGAACCUCAAGCCUCUUCUAAUGUAGGAUGUGGCUCCUCUCAUCCUGAACCUUAAUGCUCCAGGGUCUGACUGUGUCUCCACCCAUCACAUUGGUGUUUCUGGCAGCAGAAUAGCGGAAGGGGCUGGAGAGAACACCCUUCCCUUGUAAGAAGAGUUCUCAGAAGUCCCACUCAACACUCUCUAUAUCUUCUAGGCCAGAUCUUGGUGACAUCGCCUCAGGUUUAAAAGAGGCUGGGUCGCACAGCCAGAUUCCUGGCUAAAUAUUGAAGUUGUGUUCAUGUGAGCGAAAAAGGAAGACUAUUCCCAAGCCUGCGCCUCACUAUGGGUUUUUUUUUUUUAAUACAUUUAGAACUCUAAACAGUUCAUGUGGCUUGACUGAUUGAUUUUGACCGUAAUCUUGGACAGUAAUCUAUACACCCAUAUCGGCUAAGAAGAAUUUUGUGUAUUUCACAGUU